AUAUCAAUUAACCGGAGCGAAAAUAUAUACAUAUACCGCAAGAAACAAUUAUUUUGUUCAGAAGAAAAAUUACAUUGUCGAUUGAAACGGAUUUUAUUCAUUAAUUUAUCCUCGGUGCGCCAAACAAGGUGCUUAGGAUGGAAAGUGAAUUCUUUGGGGUCUAAUUAAACCUUAAUCGAGAGAUUAAUAUGCGAGGUUGUCGGCAUGAAGAUUAGAUCUUAUCUAAGAAAUAAUAGCCGAGGUCUAAUCACUGGGCGAGAUUAUUUUCUCUCGUUUGGUAAUAUUGCAUUCGGGCCGUUCGAGAGUAAGAGUGGACGUCGAGUAUUUCCAGAAGAAUAAAUGGAUUUAUGGCUAAUGAUAUUCGCUAUUUUGAAGGAAAGGAUCCUACUAAGAUCCAGGGCGGAACGAAAGGAACCUUAAUUAUUCCCGUCGGAGGUGGUUAUUCAAGAUAAAAGAUCAUCGUAGCAUGGAAAAAGCAGAGGCCGUCUCGGCUGUGGUUCAAGAUGGCCGACAUUUAAAAUAUCACCGUAUAAUAAUUCGAAUCACGUUCUGGCAUUCCUUUUCACGAGAGUCGACCGAUUUGGGGGGUUUCCGCCAUCUUGAAACAUCUCGUGACGUCACGGAGCUACCGAUGCCGGGAACAAUGUCCUCCCCGGUGGCUUCGAUCCAACAUUCUACCCUGUGGCUAAUUGUACAUGGCCAAUUACACAACUACCCAGUGACUCCUAAUAGACAACCCAGUAAACCGAUUACCCAGUUACUUAUACAACUCGAUGGGUUUACCGUUUCGCCUAAUAUGAGAUGUACUGACAUUGGUGUAUAGCAAUGCAUAAGUUAUGUCGGUAUACAUACCCUUCGUUGUACCCCCGUGUGUCCAUAAGAACAACCAUGGAAUAAUAAUUGAGCGCAUAGCAGUAAUGAAUCACUAUUGCUAAACAUUUUCACGUUUCCUCUGUUUUAUC